CGGGCUGAUUUCAUAACGCAGGGAGGAGGAGGAGGAGAGGGUUGGUGCUGUGAGGACGGAUGAACGCAGUCUCCGCUCGGCUUCAGUUCUCUCUCCCCUCCCGGAGCAUCCAGGGAAGAUGCGGUGCUGAUGCUGAUGCUGAUGCUGGUUGCGUCUUGAGCAUCAUCGCCCCGACGGCCAGAGCGAAAGACACGGAUCGAUCUCCGGAGCCAGGGAACGCAAGCGGAGAGGCUCGCGCAGGAUGGAGUUCAAGCACCUGGUGGAGGCGGCGGAGAAGUGGUGCUCCGGGAACCCGUUCGACCUCAUCUUCGCUGAGGAGACGGACGAGAGGCGGCUGGACUUUUACGCGGAGCCCGGGGUGUCUUUCUAUGUGCUGUGUCCCGGAGAGACCGACAGCUUUCACGUGUGGAGCGAAAGCGAGGACUGCCUCCCCUUCUUGCAGCUGGCCCAGGACUACAUUUCGUCCUGCGGGAAGAAGACUCUGCUGGAGGUGCUGGAAAAGGUCUUCACGUCCUUCAGGCCUCUGCUAGGUCUUCCAGACAUUGAUGAUGACAGUUUUGAGCCCUACCAUGCUGACAUGGAGGGGGAACCUGGGCCCGACCACCAACAGAUGGGGGUCAGCCAGCAGUGAUAUCCCCCCACCACCACCUUCCCUCUCCCAAGAAGAAGCUCGAGCCUGGGCAGAGCUGCUCCGAAGCUUUGGGCCUUGACACAUGAGCCCACUUAUCAACACACACGCCAACACACUUAAAAUCCACCACUUUGUUCUUGAAUGUCUCCGUGGCUUUGCUUCCUGUUGACCUCCCUUUGCAACCAAACUGACACACACACACAGAUCGGGUCUACGUGAGCAGUAGCCAUGUAAGCAUCAUAAUCAUUCACCAUCUGGUUAGUUAAAGUUCAGCACAGCAAUAUGACAUCAGCUUUGUUAUGCAGAAUUACGUCCAGAUGUUACGGUAACACACACCUCUCCUCUUUGUGGAGAUGAAUGUGGCAGAUAUCUAUUUUUUUUUUCUUUUCCUGUCUGGCACAAAUGUCCACAAAAUCAAGAUGAAAGGGAGAAAACUGAUGGUUUGUGGCUACAGCUGCAGAGAUGCAGGGGGUGUAGUGGGUGUGCGAGCAGAAAAGAUAAAGAGAAAUGAGUAAAAACAAACGGUUCAUUGUGACGGAUUCACAAAUUCAAUAACUGUACUCAUGAUAAAAGCUUGCCUGUAGGCAGCAAAGAUAUUUCUGAGGUGUGUUUCUUAGUGUUUGCAAAGCCACUUCUUAAUAUAUCAGCCGAUUUGAAGCGGUUAUCCGUGUAAACAGUUAAUAUCUUACCUGUUGUAGAUAGAUCUUUGAGCAGCCUAAGUCAUGAGCUAACAGCCAGUCCAAAUGCAACACAAACCAAAGUGAAUCCCUGCAUCUUUAAACUACUCUCAUUUCAAAGCUUUUAUAGCGGUUCAUGCAAACACUCUUUUGUAAACCUUUGCAUCACCAUCAUUUUUUUAAUUACCGUAAUUUACAUGAAACCUUUGCAAAUAGGGAUAGCAGCAGUCAGCUGUAGCACAGUGGUGUCCAGUCCUGGUCCUCGAGGGCCACCGUCAUGCAUGCUUUAGUUGUUCCCCUGCUCUUCAGCAGGGCUUUUUGUAAAUCAUUCGUUCAAAUCAAGUGUGACAAAGCAGAGAAAAGUCUCAAACUUGCAGGAUCAUGGCCCUGGAGGACCAGGACUGGAUGCCAGUAGCACUUCAGGCGCAACCUGAGCUCAAAUCUGGCAGAAUUCACGCACCGUUUAAAGGAUAAAGUUCAAAUCAAUGGUUCUUUUCAGCAACUGGCCCACAAAUGAUCUGUGGCAAAGUCUUGUGUCUCCAGAUGUUGCCACUUCUGUGUAAAGUUUCUACUAACUGUGUCCAAUGGGGGAGGUAAUGACAACACAAACAAUUAUGAUACUACUUUAUUUAAUAUUUUUAACCCUUAUUUAACCAGGAAAAUCCCAUUGAGAUCACAGAUCUCUGUU